AUGGGUGUGAGCCUGGUGGGCAUUGGUGGGAUCUGUGAGAUCCUGGUGGGAAUUGGUGGCAUGGAUAUGAUCUUGGUGGGCAUUGGUGGGAUCUGUGUCACCCUGAUGGGCACAGCUGGGAUGAGUGUGAUCCUGGUGGGCACAGCUGGCAUGGACGUGAUCCUGAUGGGCACAGCUGGGUGGGAUCUGUGUGACCCUGCUGGCAUGGAUGUGACCUUGGUGGGCACAGGUGGGGUCUGUGAGAUCGUGGUGGGCAUUGGUGGGGUCUGUGAGAUCCUGAUGGGCACAGCUGGCAUGGAUGUGACCCUGAUGGGCACAGCUGGGAUCUGUGUGACCCUGGUGGGCAUUGGUGGGGUCUGUGAGACCCUGACGGGCACAGCUGGCGCCAGCUCAGGGACUCGUGGCCCAUCCCGGUGUUUGUCCCGUUCCGGUUCGUCCCGGAGCGGGCGGCUCGGAGCCUUUCAUGGGUGCCGGGGCGGCCUUGGCGAACAAAGGGCGCUUUCUUCACCCGCACGGGGCACAGCACACCUGCCCGCCCUGGCACCGCCGCCGGUGCCCUCGGGGCUGGGCCCCGGCGAGGCCGCGGCGGCCGCUCAGGCGCUGUCGCUGCCCGCGGAGAGCUUCGGCAACGACCCCCGCGUGGAGCUGGCCUGGGCCAUGAAGGCGCAUCAGCACGCCGAGGUCUACUUCAACCUGAUCUCCUCCGUGGAGCCCAAGUUCCUGAAGCUCACCCAGGUGGACGAGCGGAUCUAUGAGGAAUUCCGCAGAACCUUCCGGAACCUGCGCGUGGACGUGCUGGACCCCGAGGAGCUGAAAUCUGAGGCAGCCAAGGAGAAGUGGCGCCCGUUCUGCCUCAGCUUCGAGGGCGUGGUGGAGGAUUUCAACUUCGGGACUCUGCUGCGCCUGGACUCGCGCGGGGAAUACUCGGAGGAAAAUUCCAUCCUGGCCACCAGGAUCCAGUUCUUGGCCAUCGAGAUCGCCCGCAACAGGGAGGGAUGCAAUGAACACGUGCACAGGAGGGGAAGAGGGGAAGGGAUGGGGGAGAGGAGCCACGGGGUGGAAUCCUGAAAUAAAUCCUGAAAAACUGCCAUGAAUCCUGAAAAAACUUUUAUAAAUCCUGAAAAACUGCAUUGAAUCCUGAGAAAACUUCAAUUAUACUGAAAGGACUCUUAUAAAUCCUGAAAAACUGCAUUGAAUCCUGAAAAACUGCAGUAAAUCCUGA